CCCUUAUUUUCUCCUCCUCCAUGACUCAUCAUCAUCCCAAUCACUCACGCGCCCCAAAUUAAUCGGGGGGGGGGGGGAAUUCCCCAAUUUCAACUCAAUAAUCUCCUAUUCUUCCUCGUCUCUCACUUCCACCGUCUUCGUCUCUUGCCCCUCUCGAUGCCCUAAUCACUUGCCCUCGCCGUGGAACCGAACUUCUAUAUCUUAUUUUGUACUCUUUUCUCUUGCUAUCUCUAGGGUUUGCUGCUUGUUUUCCUUUUUGGGGUUUCGGAUUGGAAUCUGGGAUCGUGUUUGGGAUUUGAAUUGUGGAAGGAAGGAAUCAUAACGACGACGUAUCUACGACGGCUUUGAAGGGCCCGUUAGUGUUUUAAUCUUAUGGCUGGGAGUCGAAAAAAGGGAGGGAACAAAGCUAAAGUUAAGAAUUUUAGUUUAGGCGAUCUCGUUCUUGCCAAAGUCAAGGGUUUCCCUACCUGGCCUGCCAAGAUUAGCCGGCCUGAAGAUUGGGAGCGAGAACCUGACCCUAAGAAAUAUUUUGUUCAAUUCUUUGGAACAGAAGAAAUAGCUUUUGUUGCCCCUGCUGAUAUUCAAGUGUUUACAAGUGAGACAAAGAGUAAAUUGUCUGCCAAGUGUCAAGUUGUUAAAACCAGGUACUUUGUCCAAGCAGUUAAGGAAAUCUGCAAGGCAUUUGAUGAAUUGCAUAAAGAGAAGUCCAGUGAUUUGAGAGAUGAAUCUGAUAGACCAGCACCUGGCUGUGAGGCUUCAUCCGCUGAUGGGGUUGAGGAGGAUGCUGCAGAGGUCGACUUAAAGGAUGGAGCUGGUGCAUUAGCACAUGGUGAAGAAACCGCUGAUUUAGGAAAAGGUGAAAGUAAUAGUGAAUACAAAAAGCCUUUGAUUUCAAGUCAUUUAGAUGAUAGCUCAUCUCCACUUAUGUUUUCUGAGGGAAAAGAUAAACUUUCAAGUGGUGAACAAGCUAAAAAGGAGGUUUUAUCUCCAGCAUCUUUAGACGAGCCUGCUCGUAUGAAGGAGGAAUUCUCUGAUGAUAAAAUUGUUACAGUCAAUCGCACUAAGAAGACAUUGAGGAAUGAUCAUAUGUCAAAGAAGAUGGCUCCUGGAUUGAAGAAAAGAACCGAGCAAGGGCAUAAAGGCAGCAGUUCAGCCGCAACAUUAUUGAGAGAUGAUAAAUCUGGUUGUUGUCUUGAUCGGCCUGAUUCUGAGGAGAAAUUGAAGGAUAGAAUAAAAGGAAAAGUCUCGGAUGGUUCUGUACGGAAAUUCUCACCAGAUGCUUUCAAAUCAGAUUCUAAUCAAACUGGUGGUAAAAAGGCAAAGGAAUUGGUGAAAAGUAAAAGCAACUUGAAGGCUACUGAUGAUGUAAAGAAUCCUGUGAGCAAUCCAAAGGGUGAGACUACUGGCAAGAAAAAAAGGGGUGAAAGUGGGCUUGGAAAGCCAAAAUCAGGAGCAGGUGAAGUUUUACGUCCUGCCAAAAAGCCAAAGGUUUUAGAUAUGAAAAAUGAGGCUUCCAAGGGAUCUCUUGUCAAAGAAGUGAAAACUUCUCCCAGCUCUAACAAUGUCAAUGACAAAGCAGCUAUACAAUCAGAGUCAAAGAAAUGCACAUCACAUGUUUUAGCAUUGAGAGCUCCCACAUCCGUUAUUUCUGAUGUCUCUGGUGAUGAAGCUGUGCUGCCCUUAUUAAAGCGCCACCGGCGGUCUCUAGAGGCAAUGGAUGAUUCUAGUAACUCUGACAAUAAAAUUGGAAAAAAUCCUGCUGAAUUGAAGAAUAGCACUUCAAGUUCUGGUAAUCUGAAAAUUCCAGCUUCCCAACUGCCCAGAAGGAGUAGAGCUGUUUGUCUUUUCGACGACGACGAUGAAGAUCCCAAAACCCCACUUCAUGGAGGAUCUGUGCGGGAUGUUAAAGUAAAUUCUGUUGUUUCGGCUGCUUCAAAAAGCAUUGAUGUAAAUCACUCAAUUACUACUGACGCUCAAUUUAGUGUUGGAGAUUCCAACCAAGAUGAGGACAAUGGUCCCAAGGAGGCUUCUUCACAAUUGGUGAAUGAUUUUGUGUCACCUAUUCAACCACAAACUGUUGAAAGGAGGCCUUCUACUCAUGCCUCCGCCACUCCUGAAAAAUCAGAAUCUGAAGAGUUGUCUUCCAAGGGGGCUAGGUCAGUCCUGAUCUCCCCAAGGAAGUCUCCUCAUCUGGUUUCCGCCACAAAACAAGUUGAACAACACAAACCUACUAAAGCUGCUGUCAAGGUUUCUAGUAAUGGGACUCAGAAAAAGGCUCCACCUGCCUCUGUCAAGGGGUCGGGUGUGACUACUGAUGGUUCAAGGUCUUCUCAAAAUCAGGUUUUGAGUCAAAGAUAUAGACAAGCUUCUUCCGUAGAGAGACUGAAACCUACUCCAAAAGCUGUUUUACAUGUAAAUGGCACCACUUUUCUUACCGAAACUUCAGUGGAAUUUGACAUCUUCAAAGAAGAUAGAAACGAUUCAUUGAUUGAUGCCAAAAAUCCAGAUUCUGCUACGUCAAUGAAGCAUCUUAUUGCCGCUGCUCAGGCAAAAAGGAAACAAGCUCACUCUCAACAGUAUUCUCUAGGAAAUCCUAGUUCUGUGUUUCUGUCAAUGUCUGAGGUUCAUGGGGUGAGCUCCAGUCCUUCAUUCCAGCCUUUUCCCUCUGCAAUCAACAACGAAGUGCAGGCUGAUGUGCAAGAAUUUGUUCAUCGAACAAUUAUAGUUUCUCCACCAACUCUAGGUCGCCAGUCAGGAUCCCAAAAUCAACAGGAUACUGAGGAGGUUGAAGAGAGAAGAGCUAGUUCAGGACACAUUGCAGCUGGUGGCUCUCUCAGUGGUGGCACUGAGGCAUCUAUUGCUCGAGAUGCUUUUGAAGGAAUGAUUGAGACUUUAUCGAGGACUAAAGAAAGUAUUGGACGUGCAACUCGCCUUGCUAUUGAUUGUGCCAAGUAUGGCAUUGCAAAUGAAGUUGUUGAACUUCUCAUCCGAAAGCUGGAAAGCGAGCCCAGCUUUCAUCGUAAAGUUGACCUGUUCUUUCUUGUUGAUUCAAUCACCCAAUGUUCACAUAAUCAGAAAGGCAUUGCUGGUGCUUCAUAUAUCCCUACUGUUCAAACAGCUUUGCCCCGUCUUCUCGGUGCAGCAGCUCCACCUGGAGCAAGUGCUAGUGAAAAUCGCCGUCAAUGUCUCAAGGUUUUACGGUUAUGGCUUGAGAGGAAAAUUUUACCUGAAUCUAUUCUGCGGCGUUAUAUGGAUGACAUUGGAGCUUCAAAUGAUGAUACAAUCUCGGGGUUUUCCCUAAGGCGUCCUUCUCGAGCAGAACGUGCUAUAGAUGAUCCUAUAAGAGAAAUGGAAGGCAUGCUUGUGGAUGAGUAUGGCAGUAAUGCUACAUUUCAGCUGCCUGGCCUUUUGUCUUCAAAUGCAUUUGAAGACGACGAGGAAGAACUUUCAGACAGUCCUUGCGGAGAAGCUGUUGACGCAUCACCUCUUGAAAUGACUCAGACAUCAGCAGAGUUAGAAGCGUGUACAGUUACUCCAAGUGACAGGCGUCAUUGCAUCUUAGAAGAUGUGGAUGGUGAGCUUGAAAUGGAAGAUGUUUCUGCACACCAGAAGGAGGACAGACCAUCAUUCACUAAUGAUACUCUUGAAAGGACACGCAACAGCUGGAUACUGAUAAAAUUAUGGAAUCAGGUUCAAAUAGCUCCAAUGGAUGCCCCCUCUAAUAGAGGGUUCCCGCCUUUGCCCCCAGAUUCUCCUCUACCCCCACCACCUUUGCCACUUUCAUCACCUCCACCGCCACCUCCAUCAUCUCCAUCACCACCUCCACCUCCUCUACCCCUACCAACACAACCACCGCCACCUCUACCCCUACCAACACAACCACCUCCAUCAUCUCCUCCUCCUCCUCCACCACCACCACCACCACCCUUACCAACACAACAACCUCCUCCCCCUGCGCCACCUUCAUGCCCUCCUCCAGCUUUCAUACCCCAACUACCAUUGCCCACUCAACCUUCACUGCUAUCUCAACCCAUGGUACCACCCCAGUCUUCGAUGCAGUCUUCACCGCAGUUGGUAUAUCAACUGCCUGUAUAUCAUGAAUUUCGGGGCACAUCAAAUGGUAAUCAGAUUGUUCAAAUGGGCGGAACUGCUCAUGGGGGUCAUAUAGAUGUUGCUGUGAAAAGUGAAUUGUUUAUGCAGCAAUCACCUUCCUUUCAGUCAGGAGUCAGAAAUUCUCUAGAGUCUUCUGGAUAUAAUUUUUCAAGGCAAUUGGAAUAUGGACAUAAUGAAAUGUACUUAAAUGCCCAAUCCUCUCAACCAAGUCAACAAUUUCCACCUGGUAAUACAGCCUUUGUGCAAAGACCUUUACCCCCGAGUCUGCCACAGGCUUCAUCUAGCCAUUUCUCAUUCACAAAGCCUUCCAUGCAACCACAUCCUCAGCAUUCGUGUCCUCAAUAUUCACUGCCAUCACAACAUGAUGGUCGCAGGCCAUUUGUUGCUGAUGAACAGUGGAGAAUGCCUGCCAGCGAUUAUAAUACUGAUAAUCAGUGUGGGUGGAUAGGAGGAAGAAAUCCGCCAUCUUCUGGUCCAAUAUUUGUCCAGGAAGACAUGAAUUACCUUGUCCCUAAUCCCCAUGAAGCUUUGAUGGUUAAAAGAUGUUACUUUAGACCACCUGUUGAAAGGCCAUCCUCAAGUAAUAUGGGUUAUCCUAAUGCUUCCACCAAUAAUCUACCAGCUGGACCUCCAAAUUCUGGUCAUGGUGUUUCACCGAUAUUGCCAUGUCGACCAGACAUGUCUGCUAUUAAUAGUUGGAGGCCAGCUCGAGAAUAAGGAAAUAGUCUUAUUAGUUGGGUACGAGACAAGUUUCAUUUAAGUGUGGCUCAAUUUGUGGAAAAAAUUCAAAUAUCACAUGAAGGCUGCGUUGAUAACUUGCGGUCGUAUAAUCUGAAAUAUCUCUACUUAUGGUGUUGCAACUUGAUAUCCACCAAUGUUGACUGGUCCUAAGCACAGAGCAGACUACCACAAAUUUCGAGAAGUUUGCUGGAGCUAAUGAUCCAAGGAACUCAUUUUCAUUAAAUGUUUCCAACGACCUUACCCUCGCCCCUUACACAAAAUUCUUCACCCGAAGUUGCUCCAUAAAUUGGAUACUCGGACAAUAAGGAUGCAUCAUGUUGCAUGAACUAAAGCGUGGGUGCAGAUAUGGGUAUGUGUUUUACACAGCUAUGUUUUUUUCUAAAAAAAAUCAUGUAUUUAGAUCCUAGUAAGGUCGCAUCGUCAUAAACGUGUCCUAUACCGGUAUAUAUGCACAAAUAUUAAUUUACAUUUGAUGUUGGCGUUGGAUAUUGGCAUUUAAAGAAAAACGAUGAGUCAGCAA